AUGAAAUCUAUGGCAUCAUUGUUCAUAAUUUUUUUACCUCUGGUACUUCAUGUUGUUGUUCCAGUACUAUCUGUGAACUUGUAUGAAAUAGUAUGCAACGAGGCUGGCCAAGAUGCAGAUAGAUGCGUGAGUACUUUGAAAGCUGACAAAAGAGUGGUUGCAGCCAAAAACUAUCGUGAUCUCUCAAACUCUAUCUUGGAGAUGGCAUUCGAUAUGGCAACAUCAAUUCAAUCUUAUUUUGACAAAGAGACUAUUCGUUUCCCCAAAGAUAAUGUUAUUAGACGAUGUUCAGUUAAAUACAUAGAUGUUAUGGAAGAUUUCAAAAGUGCAAUAUAUAAAUUGGGUUACAAUACUAAAGGUGCAAUUGAUGAUAUACAUGCUGCUGGUAGUGAAGCUAUGAAUUGUGAGAGAGCUCUUAGCACUCAAAAGCCAUACAAUCCCUCAAUGCAUGCUCUGAACAGUCAAAUCUAUUUACUUACUGAAAUAUCUGUUUUAGCUAUAAAUCAUGUUGCACUUAAGGAAGGUUUGUCAAAUCAGCCAUAA